AAUAUCUGCUGCACAGUACAUUUUUGGAAGUUGUUUGAAACAAAUUUUUGAUUCCAAUUGUAUUGUAGAUAAUAAAAAUGAGGACAUUUGUUAUUGCAGUAGGAUUAUUGUUAUUCAUUAAUACUCUUAAUGCUUCACCAAUUAUUGUUUCUCUUGAAUCAGAUGAAAGUUCAAGCAGUGAUGAAGAUGGAAUAGUAUAUGUAUUAAAUUUGUACGCAGUGAGACGAUCAACAGUACCCAAAGUCGCCAGAAUAUUGAAUCAAAAAUCAAUUGAAAAACUUCCAACAUUUUUUGAACCAAUUGGAACUCUCUUGGUGGCAGAUGAAGAAUCUUACGAACCUUUUACUAUGGAACAAAUUAAAGAAUUUCUGGAUGAUGAAUAUUUGACAGUAACUAAAGUUGAUAUUGGAAAAGACUCGAACAUAUACGAACUUCAAUUAGGUAUGCAAGAUGAAUAUGAAUCUGAAAAUUUUGUGGCUAUCUUUGACGAGCUAUUCAAAUACCUCGAUGAAGAAGGAAUAUUGAUAAAAAUGAGUAUUGAAGGAAAUAAGAAAGUAAUUGAAGUUAAAUUUGAUGACUCGGUGAAAAUCAGCGAUUAUCUUUUUUCACUUGAAGAAUUUGCGGAAUUCUUUGAAAAUGAAGGAAUUACAGUUGAAACAGUUAAAGUUCAUGAUGAAAUUCGUGCAGUGAGACUCAUAUUUGAAUUACCACAAACUCCAAACUCUGAGAAAACGGAUAGACAUAAUAAAGAGGUAUCAACGACACAACGAAUUGAUGAUAGAAUUAAUGAAAUUGAAAAAAAAGACGAUAAAUUGAAUGAAGUCGCUAAUAGCCAAGAAAAAAAAUCAAAUAAAAUUCCUGAAAGUAAAAUAGAGAAAAAUUAUAUUGAUAAGAAGGAGAAAUAUGAACCCAUUGAAGAUCAGUUUUUAGUUCAUGACUUCAUAACAAGAGCAGAUUCUAUAAACAAAAUAAGACGACGGCGAUCAGUAUGCCCAGAAUGUAAAAUAAACGAUCUAAUUAAAGAAUUUGCGACUAAAUUCGAAAAAGAAAAAUAAAAGUGUAAAAAUUUUGAAACAUUAUAUUGUAAGUUGUUAAAACUUUUUAACUUGAAUAUUUUUUUGAUUAAUUUUUAAUUAUUACAUGAAUGUAUAGAGCAUAAAAUGAUUCUAAUGUCUGACAUCAUGAAUGUAUAAUCAUAAUCAUACUGAACAAUAAAUAACUCUAAAUUUAAGUCAUUAUUUUAGAAGAAUCAAUAAAAGUUCAACUGUAUCGUUGUGCUGUUGUGGAUAUCUGUAAAAUAAAAUUAUCCACAAUGAACAGCUAUUCUUUGCUAAAUAUGACUUAAUUACUUUUAUAGGUCAUUUUAAAAGGUAACUCAAUAAAUGAAUCAUCUAAAAUCUCAAGAAAAAUCUGAGUGAUUCCCAGGUUAAUCGUAAUUCCAUUAAAGAAUAAUAAGAUGUUAUCAAUCCAU